GUCCUCAUUUACCGCAUACGCGCUCCCCAAACACUGCUGACAAUCUCUGCUCGGUUCUCGCCAUGGAUCCGAUAUCAGUCGCUGCUAGCAUUGCCGGCCUUGUCACACUUGCCGACUCGGUCUUCAGACUCAUUUUCAAAUACAUCAAGUCUGCCCAGGCGGCCAAACUGGGUAUUCAUGCCCUCGCGGACGAGAUGAAGACCAUGGCAGGCAUACUGCACAGCCUUUCCCUAUUGGCGUCUAGCUUGGAGGACGAGCCCGACACAACGUUUCCUCGAGAGUGCAAGUAAGCCUGACGGGUUCCAGCGGAAGCUCAAAUGGCCAUUUUCAUCCGGUCAGAUGGAAGUUUAUCUCGCAGAGUUGUUUCGACACAAGGAUACUAUGACGCUUGCUCUGGGUGCCGAUUCGAUGGCUGCCAUUGCAAAAUGUCUUUCCCGACAGGACGAAAUCAACCGGCCCAUGACGAGUAUCCAGGGUCUCCUGCAGCGAAACAUGGAGGUCUCGACGCGCAUUGACUUGGACUUCCACCGCAAGAAGGUUCUAUCCAGCUUUCUGCUAGUCAACCCUCAAGACAACCUGAGAACAAGGUUGAAGCUCUGGCACCCCUUGACAGGCCUUUGGCUCACAGAAGGCCCCAUUUUCAAACAGUGGCUGGAUGUGCCCAACUCAAAGCUGUGGCUUUGUGGUAUCCCCGGCGGCGGCAAAACGAUCCUGGCUGGUGCUAUGAUCGAGAGUGUCCUAAAGCGCGAGACAUCGUCAACGGCCAUUGCUUUCUUCUUCUGCGAUUACGCAGACCCGCGGAGCGGUGAUCCGGCCAACAUACUAGGCGCACUGGCUUCCUAGAUUGCGCGACAAAACGAUGAGGCUUUUUCACUUCUGGACCAGUACUAUGCCAAACUACACCCAACAAACAGACUGG